GCCCUGAGCUCCCGGAGGAGCCGGGCGGGGAGCGGGCGCGGCAGAGGCUGCUCGGGUGUGCCGAGCUUCCCGCCCCGGCUGCGAGCACAGACCCAGCCCACCCCGGGGUGAAGCCACCACCUCCGAGGCCAGGAAGCUGUCUUGUGUGUGUUCUGUGUCUGUGAGCAGCAGGCUGCUCCUCAGGGAGCAGGAGAGCUCAGAUCGGGAUGUUGGAAAUGUGCGGGAGGCCCUGACUGGCACUUGCUGUGGGAUAAGAAAUGAAAUUCUCCAGGCUGGCCGGCAGGGAAGAGAGCAUGAUUGGAUCCCUGCACUCCACACUCACCGGAUUUUGAGUUCCUGCAAGGAUGGAAAAUCCCCCUGCUGUGGGAUAAGCUGCCCCUUGUGUGCCUGCCUCAGCAUGCUGAAAGCUCCCACCUCAAUUCCAAUACCUCACCAGCUCCCGGCCAUCAAACCUCGCUAGAACUUUGUCUGCUCAGCUCCAGAGCCUGCUCAGCUCUGCCCUGCUCCUGCAGCCCACGAUUCCAUCCCUCUAAUGAGCUGAACGAGUCCAGUGAGGAGCUCCAGGCUCUGUCUAACGCACCGGCCCUGUUGCAGAGCUCAGCCCUGCAGUGGUGCUGCCAGCAGCUCCCCCAUGGCUGCAGCCAGCGGCGAGGGGACAGCAGGGACCCGGCUCCUGCCAGCUGGCACUGCCCUGGCCCUGCUCGGUGGCCUGGUCUACCUGGGCACCCUGUGUGCUGCCUGCAAACGGAAGGGCAGGAAGAAGGUUGCUCCAGACGGGGUGAAGCUCGUGGAUGAGGCCCUGCUCUGCCGGACACAGCUGCGGUCACUCAGCAAGUCGGACACGAAGCUGCACGAGCUGUACCGGGUGAAGGUCAGAGAUGUCCAGCGUCCGGCCAGCCUGGAUCUUCCCAGUCCCACGGCCCCUGGGGGUGAAUCCCUGCACAGCUCAGGCCUCCUGCACCGUGAGCUGCCCCAGAUCCCCGUCCCUGAGCCCACGGCCACCUCCCCAGCCCCCGACCAGACCUACUCCAACCUGCUCUUCACCCCGCUGCGGAAACCAGCGCCAGACGCUGUCUAUGAGUGCCUGGCAGUGGGGGAGGAGGGCACCCCGGUGCCCCCCAUGCCAGCUGGCACCCAGGUGUCCCCUCCACGGGCUGUGCAUGGGGCAGCUGAUUACGCCUGUGUCCACAAAGUGAAGAAGGUGGUGUCGGUGGAGGUGCAGGAUGGGGCUGUGGCAGGAGCCUCUGGAGCACAGCACUGCUGGGAUGGUGCAGGCAGUGCCCCUCAUGCCAAGCUGGAGGAGAUGUACUCGACGGUGUGCAAAGCCACCAAGAAGAAAUCCCCGGUCCCUGCAUCAACCCCGAGGGCUGUGAAGGAGGGGGGGUCUGGGUGGCCGCCCCCCUGCCAGCAGGAGGGGGCCCCAGCAGCCCCAGGUCCCCCUGACCCCUGUUACGAGUCCAUCAACGACAGAGCAUGGCCUGCUCAGGCCUGUGGCCCCGACCCUGACUAUGAGGCUGUGGACAUUAACUGGAAGAAGGCAGCAAAACGGGACAAGCCAGGGAAGCCCUGUGUCCCCGAGAACCUCUAUGAGAGUGUGGUGGACGUCUGGGCAGGGGGGUCCCGGAAAGCCUCUGCCCGGACAGCAGCCAAUGGGCUGGAGGUUUACAUCACCAACCUAUAGCCCCCCAGGAGCAGGGGCAGUGCCACAGGGGGGUCCCACCUGGCUGGACACCACUGGGUGCCAAAGGGACAGGUGCCAGCAGCUCUGUGCCCACCAGAGCCCUGUGCCCUGCACUCACUCUCUGUAUAUAUUUUCUGUUACUUUUCUUCAAGUGUCCUUGUCCCAUCCCAGCCCAGCUGGUGCCAGCAGUGGUGGGAUGUUCCAGGAUGGGCAGUUUGGGGGUGCUGGGUGCUGGCUGGGACCCCAGUGAGACAGGGCUGGCACUGGCACCAAGAUGGGAACAGGGUGGGGACCAGUCACGUUUUUGGGCAGGGGGGUGACGGGGCUGCAGCCAGCCCCAUGCCUUGGGCUGCAGGAUCAGACCCCCAUCAGGAGCUUUCUGCCACGCCUGAGGGUCUCUGCCCUCCUCACACUGCCUGGGGGAGAGCAGGGCCCCCUCCAGCCCCCAGGAAACCCUGAGAAGCUUUGCUCCCAUCACAGAAAGUCCCUUGUUGUGGGGAGAUGGAGCUAGCCCCAUGCCUGCAUGGAAUCAUAGAAUAUCCGGAGUUGGAAAGGAUCCAGAAGGGAUUAUUGAGUCCAUCUCCUCACCCUGCCAGGACUACACAGAAAUUUCCCUGGUGUGGGCUGUGGGCUCUGCUCCAUCCUCCAUUCCCACCCUUUCAGACCCAUGCAAGGGUGUCUCCAUGGGUUACUAUUAAAAGGCUGAGAGAAGGUUUACACUCUUAAA